AUGGAAACAGGUGUCAAGUCGGAGCAGCUACCAGAGCAGACUCCUCCGGCUUUGGAGACGGAUCCUGCAGAGGCUUUGGAAUCUGGUGCCACCGCUUCGGUUUCGGCUUCGGCCUCGGGCUCAGCCAGGACCAAGAAGAAGAGCAAAGAAAAAGACAAUGACGCAGCGGCAUCUGCAAAGAGACGCUGCGUCAGUACUGCAUGCAUAGCAUGUCGCAAGCGCAAGUCGAAAUGCGAUGGGAAUCUGCCCAAGUGUGCUGCAUGCGCCUCAGUUUACAUGACCGAAUGCGUAUACGCGCCUCAUACUGAUAAUCGACGCAAAGGCGUGUACAAGAAAGAUGUCGCCGGUUCCAAGGCGAAGAACUCUACCUUGCAAGUACUCAUUCAGGCCAUCUUGGAUGCGGACGAGGACGACGUGAUGGACUUGGUGCAUCAAAUACGAACAUGCGACAAUCUCGAAGAAUUGGCCGCUAGCAUAACAGCCCAAGAGAAAGGUUUGCAGGAAGAACCGCCCGACUCACCAGGGUACAUCGACGACGCUGCCAUGGUCCCCAAAUUCGAGGCCGAGCUCUCGGGGAAAAUGGGCGACUUGAUGCUGGACGGGUCGGUGAAAUUCAUCGGCGGGACGUCCAACCUCAUAUGGCUCCCGGAGGACGAACAGUCAAGGGAUAGUAGAAGUCCACCUGGACCGCAACAACACGUGGUUGAACCUCGAGCAGAAGCAAUCUUGUCUUGGACAACGGUGACCCAGGACCCAGAGUUGAUACUCCACUUCAUGAACAUGUACUUUUGCUGGCACUAUGCCUUCUUCACCACUCUGGCGAAGGAACUCUUCUACCGUGACUUUUUGACCGGCAAAUCCUCGCAGUACUGUUCCCCGCUCCUGGUCAAUGUCAUGCUUGCGCUGGGAUGCCACUUUUCCACUCGGCCCUCAGCGAGAGCAGAUCCAGACGAUUCAUCCACCACGGGCGACCACUUCUUUGCCGAGGCCAAGAGACUCUUGUACGAAAAUGACGAGUUUGCUAACGCCAAGAUCUGCACUGUGCAAGCGCUGGCUUUGAUGUCUGUGAGGGAAGCCGGCUGUGGUCGCGAAAGUAAGGGGUGGGUAUACAGCGGCAUGAGUUUCCGCAUGGCUUGUGACCUGGGAUUGAAUGUUGAUGCCGCUCCCAUCAAUGAAUCAUCUCGACUGGCAGCCGAAGAUAUCGAUGCUCGGCGCAUCACGUUUUGGGGUUGCUUUCUAUUUGACAAGUGUUGGUCGAAUUACCUAGGACGACAGCCGCAGCUGCAAAUGCCCAACAUCACGGUCAAGAAACCAGAGGUUUUUCCAUCCGAGGACAGCGAGAUCUGGUCGGCAUACACAGACUCGGGGAUUGUUCAGCUCCAUGCGCAACCCGCGCGUACCAGAGCUGUGGCAUUGCAGUUGUCGAAACUGGCCGAGAUUUCGAGCGACCUUCUGACCUCAUUCUAUAACCCUCAACACCGCGACAAGCCCUUGAGCAAACAAGCCGAGCUUAAAAGGCUGACUGAUCUGCACACGAGGCUCGAAGCAUGGAAACAAGCAUUGCCCUCCGAGUUUGAGCCUCGGGAAGGGCAGCUGCCCCAAGUCCUGCUCAUGCACAUGUUUUUCCAACUACUGUAUAUUCAUCUAUACCGGCCGUUCUUGAGGUACACACGAUCGACCUCGCCUCUGCCGGCACAUGUGUCCCCGCGCAAGUACUGUGCACAAGGCGCCGCUGCCAUAUCGAAACUGUUGCGGCUGUACAAACGCAGCCAUGGGCUACGCCAAAUUUGCAACAUUGCCAUCUACAUUGCCCACUCAGCAUGCACGAUCCAUCUACUGAAUUUGCCGGACAAGAAUGCGCGACGAGACAUUAUCCACGGCGUUAAACAUCUGGAGGAGAUGGGAGAGUGUUGGACGGCGGCACGCCGCACCCUCCGAGUGCUGCAGCUCUGUGCUGAGCGAUGGAAAAUUGAAAUGCCCGCAGAGACAGAAGUGGUGUACACGCGGAUCAAAAGCAAAUGGGCCAAUGUCACCGAGAAUACGCCCUCACCCAUCUCACCUCCGACACUUGUAAGCAUGGCGAAGCAGAUGGCAUCGCCGCCUCUGCCGGACCUGAUGGCCCAGAAUAUACAGCAGCACGAGCAACAACGUCAGCGUUACUCAAUACAACCUUCAACUGGUAGCCUCCCAGUCAUGGUCGCUGGGUUUUCCUCUGCCGCAACACUACCUCCGCUUGCGGAAACGAUCGCUACACGUCAAUCAUCUAGCAGCAUGUCGUUACCUCCACAAGCGGCUGCGGACCUGCGUCUCGACGGCAACCGUCAGAUCCCGCCGUCGUCGGUCUUGACGUAUCUGACCCAAGCCCAGCAGGAUGCGUGGAACGCACACCAGGCGCGACUGGCGAAUACCUCCCGAGGCCUUGUAGCCCAGGCUGUGGGAGGAGGAGGAGGAGCAGCUGGAUCCAGCAACCCGUCGAACGCGACGACAGCCAAGCUUUUCGGCGGCAAUAGCAACGGCGGGAUUGACAGCCUACUUGAGGAGACGCAAGAAUGGUUCUUCCGCGAUCAGAACCAGCUAGCUGUCGGGUUCGACAAUUGGGGAGGAGACGGCGGCGGUGUCGCCGAUACCCAGCAGGACUGGGGUAGUCUCGACCUGUCUUUCUUCGAUGAGGACAACCAUCAGGCUCGUGACGGCAGUGGCAGCCAUCCCGACACGACAACCGGCAACUCUCCGGCUUAUCCCGGUGGCGGCGUUGCGCCGCUACAGCAACCGCGGUACUCUGCAUACGAUACCCCUGGAGUGGUAGAAGGUAUCGGCAUCGGCGUGGAUAGUUACGCCGGGCACUACCCCGAGAGUACUAGCACUCAUUAUGGAAUAACCCCCGGUGUCGUUGCCAACGGUAUGCAAGAUGGGAUCGGCAUAAAUGUGCCCUUGGACAUGGCAAUGUCAAUGGGCAACAAUGUCUCUAAACAAAGCUUUGGUAUUCUCGGGCCUGAUGCCACUGGGCAAAAUCAGAACCGCCAGAAACGGCCCCCGACCAACAUGAUGACAUUUGAUGACGAAAUGUACUACUGA